CUGCUAAACAAGCUCGAAGUGAGCCAAGUGGUAUGGGUCGGAGACAAACUAGGAAAUUAUUAUGAGGUAAUAUUCCCACUACCUACUGGAGAUGAAUGUGAGACCAUGCUGCAUUGCCUCACCCAGCUGGGGAUUGGAGUUAAGUGGAAGUCCGUUGUAAGCGUUUUACCAUGCAGUGUUGUACACUCAGCCGUUGAGCAUGAGGAUUACGAUGAGGAUACGAUAAUACGAAAAUCAGAAGAAGCAAAGCGCUGGCGCAAUUUUGUGGAGUCUAUUCGGUCGAAACUCACUGUGAAGCAAGUGGUGGAUGGCGUACGAGGAGGCGGCGAACUAUCGUUCGACUAUCUCACUCUAAUUAUCACUGCGGACUCUCUCGCUGCCCUUGGACUGGUAGAAAACAAUGCCUCCAACAUAGUAGCAGCUAUGCUGGUGUCACCGCUCAUGGGUCCAGUGAUGUCCAUAACUUUCGGAACCAUCAUAGCGGACAGAACCCUCAUCAGAAGCGGCUUCGAAAGUCUUGUUCUGGGGAUGUUCUUUUCGCUAGUAUUUGGCUUCAUUUUUGGACUUAUCUUGGGUACCACAGAAAUGCCUUGGGGAUUUGGUGAUUGGCCUACUGAAGAGAUGAAGUCAAGAGGAAACGUGCGUGCCCUUUGGAUGGGCGUUCUCUGGGCCCUGACGUCAGGCACGGGUGUGGCCUUAGCUUUACUACAAGGGAGCGCUGGGCCUCUGAUAGGUAUCGCGAUUUCGGCUUCACUGCUACCACCAGUCGUGAAUUGUGGAUUAUACUGGGCCUUGGCCUGCAUCUGGCUAUUGUAUCCUGGAGUUAAAAUACCGCAUAUAAAAGGUGAAGCCUACACUGGUAACUCAUCAUAUGAACCCUUAUACCACGAUUAUCUGCCCAUAGAAUUUGCUGUUAACGGCAUCGUGAGCUGCUGUCUUACAAUCGUCAACGUAAUCUGCAUAUUUAUAACGGCCAUAAUGUUCUUGAAGAUUAAGGAGGUCGCCGCUCCGUACACUUCUACUCCAGAUUUAAGGCGGUUUUGGGAGCAAGAUAUUAGAGUGGCGAGGGAGGCGAACAGGGCUAAUUUACACGAAGCUGAACAGGAUGAACGGGCUGAAUUCCUGUUGGACGAUCUUAACCAGGGAACUGAUGAGGAUAUCAAAGACAAGUUAGAAGCCGCGGUACAAGAAGCUCUUGAUGAUGAAACUUACAGGAAGGUGAAGCGGAUGAGCUACCAGAGCCACAACGCUGACGAGGUAUUCCGUACAAUCGGCAUGCAGUCCCGCACGCCAGUUUCCCUACGCUCCAGCCGCCGAUCCAGCAUAGCUUCACCCCGCGGCAGCGUCAAACACCCCACCAAGAAGGAAGACAUCGCCGCGCUCGACAAGCUCCUAACCUCCUUACUAGGAACCAGAGACAAUAGAACAAGAUCCUUCCGGUCCCAUCGAGGAACGCCAAGGUCUAGCCGAAUGCCGGUCAUCUGUGAAAAUAAUAGACGAUCGGAGUCGUGGCCGGAAAGGAUAUUUGAGAACUCUGUUGUGAGCAGCGUACUGAAUAAUUUGAAGAGCAGCCAAAGGAAUUCGUCGGCUGAAGAACCGUUCUUGACUCCUAAUUAACCUCGUAAGGGCCCAAUGUACAUAGUUGUUGCAGACGAAUUUGAAUGUUUCAUUAACCAAAUAAAGUAGAAUUUCCCUUGUUACAUUGCUUUUAAAACAAACGAAAAUCUUACCAAUUGACUUAUAGAACAAGGUGCAAAUUCAAAAUGGGAAAUCUAACUAUGGUGGGCCUCACGAGGUUAAAAUUCUUAAUUUACGCACUAACAUCAGCUUUUCACUCAUUUACAAUAGCUAAAGCUAUAUAAACGUGGCAGUAGCAUGGUAGUCAUAAUUGCAUCGUAACAGAUUUUCUACCUUAUUGCGUAUCACUUGCAUGUAAAACAAUAGUUAUUUGUUAUACAAGGGGGCUAAGUUGUAUUAAAAAAUAUAUAUAUUUGCACCCGAGUGUAACACAAAACUUUUCCCCUCACUAUAGCGAGGAAACUACAACGCAAAAAA